AUGCCUCGAAAACUAGUCACGGUCCGCCAGAUCUCGGCCAUCACACCCAUCCAAGGCGCUGACCGCAUCGUAAAAGCCACCGUCGAUGGCUGGAUUUGCGUAGUCUCCAACACCUUCAAGCCUGGCGAUCGCGGGGUGUACUUCGAAAUCGACUCUCUUCUACCGGGCUCGGAUCUGCGGUUUGCAUUUCUGGCUCCGAAAACCGCCGGUGCAGAUGAACCCACUGGUCCGUCGGACAUCCGUGUUCGGACGAUGAAGAUUCGGGGCGUUGUAUCGCAGGGCCUUCUCAUGCCGUUGACUGAUUUCCCGGAGAUAGUAUCCAAACUAGAUGGUGGCAUAUGGAAUGAACUGGGAGAUGUGGGAUUUGAAGAUAUCCUCAAUGUACGCAAGUAUGAGAAACCCGCUGUGCCACUCUCACAAGACUCAGCGUCUGGCACGCCGCUGCCUGACUUCCCAGCCUUUAUACCAAAAACAGACCAGGAGCGUGUGCAGAACCUCCCAGAGAUAUUCUCGACUCAGGGGUCAGAGGUAUUCCAAGAAUCGACCAAGAUGGACGGAUCAUCCAUGACCGUCUUCUACCUCAACAACUCCAGCCCUUACUACGAGACACUCCCGGAUGAGAUUAGAGAUGUCGGAGUUGGUGUUUGCUCUCGAAACCGCAUUCUGAUAGAGAAUCAUCCCCGAAGCCCAUCUCUUUUCUACGCCACUGCCCGAGUCCUCAAACUUCACGAGACGCUGGCCAAGAUCGGACGCAAUAUUGCUGUUCAGGGCGAACUAUGUGGUUCAAGCAUCCAGAGUAACUCCGAGGGGUUCCCCAGUGGCACUCACAACUUUUUCCUCUUUGCGGUGUAUGAUAUUGAUGAGCAGCGAUAUCUGCCACCCAGAGAGGUACAUGAGACGUGGGCGCCACGACUUGGCGUCAAACAUGUCCCAGUCCACGGAUAUAAACCUUUGAAUGAGAUUGGUUCUACGGUUGAGGAUCUGCUGAAUCAGGCAGAAGGCAAGGGGGUCAACGGACGGAAAAGGGAGGGUAUCGUGUUUAAGAGAGAAGAUGCGGUGUUCAGCUUCAAAGCGAUAUCCAACUCGUAUCUCCUCAAACAUGGAGAGUAA